GCUAUAGCAACGUGUACACAGUAGACCCUACAUCACUUUGUAGAAUUUCUUUUGUAAAAGUUGAACAAAAACUGCUAGUUACAAUGUCAGAAAUGUCUGCCAUGAACAGGAAAUUAAUUCAGAAUCUCGCUGAAACGCUCUCCAAGCAAGUGAAACGCUUUAACAAGACAGAAGCAGAAUGUCUGAUCAGACUGUUCAAUGGUCUGAUUGGAGACCAAACUGAAAGGCGAGUAGGAAAUGGACUGGAUCGAGGCAAAUUCAGGAACGUACUCCACAAAACAUUUGGCAUGACUGACGACAUGAUCAUGGACAGAGUCUUCCGAGCAUUUGACAAGGACAAUGACAGUUACGUCAGUGUCAAAGAAUGGAUUGAGGGAUUGUCCGUCUUUCUACGUGGCACCCUGGAUGAAAAAAUUAAAUAUUGCUUUGAUGUUUAUGAUCUCAAUGGUGAUGGAUACAUUUCACGAGAGGAGAUGUUUCACAUGCUUAAAAACAGCUUAAUUAGACAACCAACAGAGGAAGACCCUGAUGAAGGAAUCAAGGACCUAGUCGAGAUCACUGUCAAGAAAAUGGACCGUGACCAUGACGGCAGACUGUCCUUUGCAGACUUUGACAAGGCAGUGAGAGAGGAAAACUUACUCUUAGAAGCUUUUGGAACAUGUCUCCCAGAUGCAAAGAGUAUACAGGCAUUUGAGCAGCAUGCAUUCCAGGAACCUCUUGAACACUGACAACAUAUUUUUGGAUCUGAAAUUGAUGUACUGAAUGUCAUGGCAAUUAUACAAGCACACAAUUAAAGUGAUUUAUUUUUCAA